AUGGACAAGUAGGUAACGUACCGUUCCGUGAGCUUUAAUCCUUGGUUUACAACGGGAAAGUGUGCGCUUAUGGAACGUUCAAAACUACGAUAUGGCUGGAACAUAACUCCGUUUCCGCUUGAAGGAGGUGUCGCCUAAGAGAGGUGGCCGUCAGCGAAAGUUUUAUCCUACUUAAUCACCGUUUUGAUGCUGAUGAAUUCCUGUCUGUUCUUUCUUAGGUUGUAAUACCACGAUAGAUUUGGUUUUCCUUGCUGAUGGAACAAAACACAUUAAGAGAUCGCAUUUUAAGAAAAUAAUGCGUUUCAUCAAGAACUUAGUCAAAGUGUUCCACGUCUCUCAACAAGGCACCCACGUUAGUUUGGUGUUGUACGGGGACGAUUCUGAGACAAUUUUCAAUCUAAAUGAUUACUUUUCCCUAACGGAACUCAACUAUGCACUCUCCAAGAUUAAAUCACCCAAGAAGAAGAAAAGAUACGUCGGUAAGGGCCUCAAACAUGUUAAAGACAACGUUAUUGCAAAACAUGGCCGUAGUGGCGUUCCUAAAGUCGUCAUUCUUUUGCAAAAUGACAAAUCAAAGGACGGUAUAGAGGAUAUCUCACAGGCGAUCAAAAACGACGAGGUGAAGAUAUUCUCAGUUGGCUACGGAAAUAAGAAGGUGAAGGGACAACUCAAAGAAAUUGCUUCCAAGCCAACGUCGCUGUACUACAAAUCUACGAAAUACUCCGAAAUUAAGACGGCUUACUUUGUACAGGAAAUGAAAGAAUCUGUCUGUAUGGCAUUAAAUCCUUGUUCAUCAUCCCCGUGCUUUAACAACGGCAGAUGCACUCCAAAAGGAGGUGGGUUUUCCUGUGCAUGUCAGCCAGGAUUCUCAGGAAGCAUUUGUGAACACGAAAUAUCUCCAUGUUUUCCAAAUCCAUGCGAAAAUGGCGGACAUUGCUACCAAUCAGGUGACUCGUUCACAUGCAGCUGUAAAGCUGGUUUUACAUCGGAAAACUGUGAAGAUGGUAAGGGUAUCAUGCAAUAACGAAGCCAAACAGUUCAUUAACUCUGCACUUAUAUGUAAUUUAUGUCUAUAAAAUGCAGGUUUGUUUUUGCAUCGAACACCGCAAAAUUGACGGAUGUAGUGCUCGUCUGCAUUGCAUCCAGCCAAAGUGUUCAAUUAUUCCGGAUCUUCUCCGGGACUAGGAUUAUUUCUUGUCCUCCAUGGAUGGGAUGCUUUGGGGUGCGCAGUGGCAACAUGGCUACUACGCUCGACUCCGGAUCGAUCGAUCCGGGUCGAACCCUGGCCGGGGACAUUGUGUUGUGUUCUUGGGCAAGAU